AUGGUCUUUUCAAUACCGUCCUACUUGGGUCUUGGUGACCGAUACAAGCAUGCGGUGGAUGAGCGGGCGCAGGGGGUCAACUUCGUCACCUGCUUCCCAAAGACCGGCCACAACCCCGACGCGCUCUUUGACAAGGAGUUCAGGUACAUGUACAAUGGCGACCGCCGCUCUGACCCGGAGACCAUGGCCCGGCGUGAGGAAAUGGUGAGUCGAAAGAAAAACAUGACAGCAACCGGCUUCAUCUUCGUUGGCCCCCCACAGAAGGGGGAGGGCCUUGGCUCGUACUACGGCUUGAUUCAGAAGGAGCCCUACCCACACAUGCCUGACAACCCCAUGUCCCGUGGACCACAGCCCUUUCCCAAGUCGAUGCCGCGCCAAAUACUCACCUCCCCCGGCAAACUAGGCAGCUAUGGGACACCGGGAUUGGCCCUGAGCGAGAUUGGCAACGAAUACAUUGCCACCAUCUACGACCAACCUCGAAUUAACGCAAAGAAGGAACGCGAUAUGUGGCGUCGUCGCAUGCCUGCGGCGCCGUUCAUACCUGUUGGACGUCAUGGCUACACGUUCGAUGAAUCUCCCGUCACGGGGGUCUCCAUGUGUUAUGUGAUGACCAAACCGUUUAUGCCCAAACCGGUGCUUCCACCACUCAAGCAUUUCGUCGUAGACAAGCCCUGGCGGCCUGCGGGCUACGUAGAUGACAAACCCACCGCAAUGGAUUACUGGGAGGACCCGUAUAACGCCUUUGAUCCUAGGGAGGACCCAAAGUCGCGUGUGAAGAAGCCUAGCGACGCCGUGUUUAGACCUUCUUUCCGCGGUGACAACUUUUGGUACACGCAGAGUAUCGUCUUCAAGCGACUCUAG